AUGACCACUACGGACUCGAGGCUUGAAUAUAGUCCUCAUAAGCGUACGAGGAUUUACAUGAGCCAUCUUGCGGGCAAUUCGUACAGCAGGAUCGCAAAUGAUGAGGGAGUUCCUCGAGGGUCCAUAUCCGGCAUCAUCAAGCGAUAUCGUGUGCAACAGAGCGCACAUAAUUGCGGCCGGUCUGGCCGCCCACCCACAGUCUCUGAAAGGGACGGGAGAGUCAUCAAAUUGGCCGUCAGAAGGUUCCCUUCAAUCAAGCUACAAGAGAUUAUUACAGAAGCAGGUUUGACGAUAUCUACAAGGACCUUAAGGCGAUGGUUGCAAAAGCAAGGUAUUAAGCACAACCGUGCCCUCCAGCGGCCACAUUUGACGGCUAGAUUGGCUGAAAAACGGCUUGCAUUUGCUAGGCUUCACGUACGAAGACCUGCCAGCUAUUGGAAGCGUUGGAUCUUCAACGACGAGACCACAAUCGCGCGUGGCCAAGGAGGGCGUGUAAAGUGGGUUUGGCAUUCUCAAAUGUUCCGGGGCGCGUUUUGCUUUAACUAUCGUACAUCGUUAUACCCAUUGCUUGGGGACCCGAAUUCACCGGGAGGCGGCGUCACAAGCCGCCGUAUAUUAGAAUGCCUUCAAGAUCAGCUUCCAACAAUUUGCGAACCUGGUGUAAUAUUUGCUCAAGAUAAUGCAUCUACACAUUCAGCUCGAUUAGUGCAAGAGUGGUUGCGUACGUGGGCUUUAGAAAAUGGGGUCGAAGUUGUUGAUUGGCCGCCAUACUCGCCCGAUCUUAAUCCUAUUGAAAACCUAUGGAAGAUGCUAAAAGAAGGCAUUUACGAGCGUUAUCCGCUACUAGCAGCGGCUCCAAAGAAUGCCGAUAGCUUACAAUGGCUCUGUGAGGCCGCAAUUGAAGUUUGGGAGGAUUUGAAAGAAGAGCUUAUGGAACGGCUUGUUGAGUCAAUGCCUCGCAGGCUCGAAGCCGUCAUCGCACACAACGGGUGGUAUACAAAGUAUUGA